AUGGCCAAACAUCACCUGCAACGGCUGGAAUCGCCGUCUCGUUCAGUCUCCUUGGUGCUGCACAUUGCCGGCAUCCUCUCGUUUCUUGCUUCGUUCAACUUCUUGAGCGGGCUCACUCAUGACAUCUCCAUGGGCUUCGGAGGGAACUACCAGCACCUCACCAACAUCGGUUUGAUUUUGUCCUUUGUGACGUUCGCAACAGGGUUGCUGGCCGACAUCACGUUGAACCCUUCGCUAUUUGCUAUCAAGAACGCUUUGUCAAUCACGGCGGCACCGUUGGAAGUACUCAUCAGCAUCCUGUACUGGGGAAUUCGGUCCAUCGACAAGCGGCUGUUGAUACCGGAAGGGUUCGAGCUCCAUUGGUUGCCAGACGUCGGUUUUCAUCUGGUCCCAGCUGUCGUCCUAUCUCUCGACCUCAUCCUGUUCAGCCCACCAUGGACGAUUCGUGCGUACUCAGCCAUGUCAAUCAGCAUGAUUUUUGCCUUCUUGUACUGGGGCUGGGUUGAGUUGUGCUUCAGUAAGAACGGAUGGUACCCCUAUCCUAUUUUUGACGUCCUCAACACUGUACAGCGAGUUGGAUUGUUCACGUUCUCUGCGGCAUUGAUGACGGCUAGCACGAGCCUCCUGAAAUGGGUGUAUGGAAGAUUCAAUGGCUACGAACAGAUGGAGAAGGACGCUUAUAAGCCUCUGAAAAAGACGCUCUAG